AAUUAGUUCUUAAUCUUCAUCUCAAAGUUCUCUUUCUCCGUAACUGCAAUUUUAACAGAAAAAAAAAAGAAGUGAAAAUGCAGAUGAAGAUUGAGAUAGUCUCUGAAGAUCAAUGCAAACCAUCAUCUCCGAUUCCAGACCACCUUAAGAGCUACAAACUCUCUUUGCUAGAGCAGAUAGCUCCCAUGUUUUAUGUGCCAGUCAUUCUUUUCUACUCAGCUCCUGAAAACAUUGACGAUACCACCAUUGUUGAUAAGCUGAAUAACUCUUUAUCGGAAACCUUGACCGGUUUCUACCCUUUGGCCGGAAGGAUUGAGGGCAAUGCAUCCGUGGAUUGUGAAGACGGAGCUGUUGCCUUCGCAAGAGCUAGAGCUAACAUUCAGCUCUCUGAGAUACUAAAAAUUCCAGAAAUGGAUUUAGUGCAACAACUUCUUCCACUUGAUCCCUACAAUAUUAGAAUGGACAAGGCAGUUGCAGCCAUGGCCAUUCAAUUGAACUUCUUUGACUGCGGUGGCAUGGGCAUUGUAAUCUGCCUUUCCCACAAGAUCGCAGAUGGUGCAACAUUGUCUUCGUUCCUUGAUGCUUGGGCUACAAGGUCACGCGGUGUUUUUGAAAACAUCACUCCCUCCCUAAAUUCAGCCAACAUCUUUCCACCUAGGGACAAACAAAUCUUCAUGCCAUCCAAUUUGAUCAAGAGAGAAAAGUUCGUGACAAAGAGGUUUGUGUUUGAUGCAUCCAGCUUGGCCAAGCUGAAAGUCAAAGCAUCCAAGGGAUUGUGCACGGACGGCCGUGCUCCCACUCGUGUGGAAGCUCUGACAGCCCUUAUAUGCAAGUCGAGCAUGAACGCAAAGAUUGGUACAUUGGGUAGGGGCAGGCCAUCAAUGGCGAUAUCCCAUGUGGGGUAUUUAAGGGAACGAAUGGCUCCACCUUUGCCAGAGCAUUCUUUUGGUAAUAUCUGGCGGGUUGCUGUUGCAUCCAUAAUGAAAGAUGAAAGCAAACCAGAGUUGCAUGACUUCGUGGUCCAAUUAAGAAAAGUAAUAAGGAAGAUCGAUGAUGAUUGUGUGAGGAAACUGCAAGGUGAAGACGGGUUUUCACAUGCUUGUGAGCCUCUAAAAGAAACGAGUGAAUUGGUCUCCGAAGGAGAGGUUGAGUUUUUCAGGUUCAGCAGUUGGAUUAGGUUUUCCCUAUACAACACUGAUUUUGGAUGGGGAAAACCCACCUGGGCAUGCAUUAGUAAUGUGCCCAUCAAGAAUGUUGUCAUACUGUUGAGUAGUAGCUCGGGUGACGGAAUAGAGGCAUGGGUGACCUUGGACGAAGAAGACAUGGCUAAAUUUGAAAGUGAUCACGAGCUCCUAGAAUUUGUUUCUGUGGCACCAAGCUCUUAAGCCUAUGUAACUGGGUUUAUGUCUUCCAGCCAGUCCUAUGGUUCAACUAGUUGAUGUUCAUAGUUUACACAUUUGUAAAUUAUCAUCA